AUGAUCAGACAUUGGACAGUCUUUCUGUUUUUUUUUGCCAACUCUGGUUGUGUGUUAAUAACCAAGGACAUUGUUCAACCAAACCCAGUGAUGGUUACUCACCAUAGAGGUGGUGUGAAUAUCACUUGCUUUUGGCCAACUGAUGUCAAUACCAAUGUCGCUUGGUUCAAGCAGACUCUUGGACAGAAACCCCUUCUCAUGGCGUCGUCAUUUUAAAGUGGCUAAGAUAUUUUUUACUUUAACAACUUUACCAAGGAUUUUACUGAGACUAAACAUCUGAGUGUGAACAGAGGAGUUGACAGCUUUAACCUGACCAUCUCCAAGACAGAGCCAUGGGACUCUGCUACAUACUACUGUGGUGCUAUGAAAGUGGGCAAAGUCAAAUUUGGAGAUGGAACUGUUUUAAAUGUCAAAGGUUCAGAGUCCAACAGCAUGUCUGUGCUCCAGCAGCCUGUGUCUGAGUCAGUCCAGCCAGGAGACUCUGUGACUCUGAACUGUACAAUACACACUGAGACCUGUUCAGGAGAACACAGUGUCUAUUGGUUCAGACAUGGCUCAGGAGAAUCCCGUCCAGGAAUCAUUUACACCCAUGGAGACAGGAGUGAUCAGUGUGAGAAGAGCCCUGAAGCUGGGUCUCCUACACAGAGCUGUGUCUACAACCUCCCCAAGAGGAACCUCAGCCUCUCUGAUGCUGGGACUUACUACUUACUAUGA